GCUCACUCAUUUUCUCUCUAUCCUUUUAUAUGUGAUUUUUUUGGCAGUUCAAAUCACUAGCACAAGAUAAGCAUAAACAUAAGAAGAAGAAGAAGAAGAAGAAGAAACUCUAGAGGUGCAGAAGACUAUGGCUGCUCGCAGACUUUCCUCUUUGCUCACUCGUUCUGUAUCUCUUUCUUCUUCUUUUCGAGGAGCAAAUUAUGGUGUGGUGAGUGGCAUGAAUAGGUUCAGCACUGCUACUGCAGCAGUUGAGGAGCCAAUUUCUCCACCGGUUCAGAUUAAUUACACCAAGCUACUAAUCAAUGGUCAAUUUGUUGAUUCAGCAUCAGGUAAAACAUUUCCAACAUUGGAUCCUCGGACUGGAGAGGUAAUUGCACAUGUUGCUGAAGGUGAUACUGAGGACAUCAAUCGUGCUGUAUCCGCAGCUCGCAAGGCAUUUGAUGAGGGACCCUGGCCCAAAAUGCCAGCCUAUGAAAGGGCAAGGGUAUUAUUGCGGUUUGCUGAUUUGGUGGAAAAGCAUAGUGACGAACUUGCAGCCCUUGAGACAUGGGACAAUGGGAAAACUUAUGAACAGGCCGCCAAAGCUGAAUUACCAACGUUUGUCCGUAUAUUCCAUUAUUAUGCUGGUUGGGCGGAUAAGAUCCAUGGUCUAACUGUUCCAGCUGAUGGCGCUCAUCAUGUUCAAAUUUUGCAUGAACCAAUUGGUGUUGCGGGUCAGAUUAUUCCCUGGAACUUUCCACUUCUAAUGUUUGCUUGGAAAAUAGGGCCUGCACUAGCAACUGGAAAUACCGUCGUCUUGAAGACUGCAGAGCAAACGCCACUAACUGCUCUGUACGUUGCAAAGCUGUUUCAUGAGGCUGGUCUUCCUCCUGGCGUUUUGAAUGUAAUCUCGGGCUAUGGCCCUACUGCCGGUGCAGCUCUUGCUAGUCAUAUGGAUGUUGACAAGCUUGCUUUUACAGGAUCAACAGAUACAGGUAAAAUUGUGCUUGAAUUGGCUGCAAAAAGCAAUCUCAAACCAGUUACUCUGGAACUUGGAGGGAAAUCACCAUUUAUUGUAUGUGAGGAUGCUGAUAUCGACAAGGCUGUAGAGGAAGCACAUUUUGCUUUAUUCUUUAACCAGGGCCAAUGCUGCUGUGCUGGUUCUCGUACGUUUGUUCAUGAACGUGUUUAUGAUGAGUUUCUGGAGAAAGCAAAGGCUCGCGCCUUGAGGCGUACAGUUGGAGAUCCAUUCAGGGAAGGUGUUGAACAAGGCCCUCAGAUUGACUCUGAGCAAUUUGAUAAGGUUCUGAGGUAUAUAAGAUCUGGAGUUGAUAGUAAUGCUACCCUUGAGUGUGGAGGUGAAAGAAUUGGUUCUAAGGGCUUCUUUAUUCAACCAACUGUUUUCUCCAAUGUUCAGGAUAAUAUGCUGAUAGCGAAGGAUGAAAUAUUUGGCCCAGUGCAGUCGAUCUUAAAAUUCAAGGACCUUGAUGAAGUGAUUAGAAGGGCAAACGCCACAAGAUAUGGCCUAGCAGCAGGAGUUUACACGAAGAACAUCGACACAGCAAACACGUUAUCGCGAGGACUGAGAGCCGGAACAGUAUGGAUUAACUGUUUUGAUGUCUUCGAUGCUGCAAUUCCCUUUGGUGGCUACAAAAUGAGCGGCCAUGGGAGAGAAAAAGGAUUUUAUAGCCUACAGAACUAUUUACAGGUGAAGGCUGUUGUUACUCCUUUAAAGAAUCCAGCCUGGCUGUAAACUUUCUGGUCUUUGUUGAUAGAACCUCUGGAAUAAAUUUGGCUUGCUUGAAACAGAAGAUGUAUUGUGUUUUUGUCAAGCUGUUUCCUUUCUUGCUCUGAAUGGAAUUUUUCAUCUUUUCUGUGA